UGAGGAGCUGUCUUGCGCAGGGGGUGUGCGAAGGCAGAGACCCAGAGACUGCGAGCAGAUCGAGGUUUGAAUAAUCCGAGGAGAAAACCGCCUGGGUGGAUCUGAGGUGCAGUCCUGGAUUAGGAGCUGCUGGGCUUUUUCUCCUUUCCGUUUCAGUAGCUCGGAGUCCGAAUUAAUUGGAUUUCAUUCAUUAAGGAGGAACAAAACUGGGUAGCUCCAUUCAGAGAUCCUUUGACAUCAAGAACGGCUGCAGCCCAGUGCGGAGGGAACGACUGGCUUCACUUCUGUCUCGCCUUCCCCAGCCGCUAACUCCGGUUUGGGAAAGGAGAGGCGGAAUCAGACUGUGCGCUCGCAGCAGCGGCGGAACUGCGCGCCGUGCUCAGCCUAUGCCUGCCCGCAGGGGCGUCUGGUAGGCACCCGCCUUCGCCCGCAGCUCGACCCCCAUGAUAGAUACGCUCAGACCCGUGCCCUUCGCGUCGGAAAUGGCGAUCAGCAAGACUGUGGCGUGGCUCAACGAGCAGCUCGAGCUGGGCAACGAGCGGUUGCUACUGAUGGACUGCCGACCCCAGGAACUGUACGAGUCGUCGCACAUCGAGUCGGCCAUCAACGUGGCCAUCCCGGGCAUCAUGCUGCGGCGCCUGCAGAAGGGUAAUCUGCCGGUGCGCGCGCUCUUUACGCGCGGCGAGGACCGGGAUCGCUUUACCCGGCGCUGCGGCACCGACACCGUGGUCCUCUACGACGAGAGCAGCAGCGACUGGAACGAGAACACGGGUGGCGAGUCGGUGCUCGGGCUGUUGCUGAAGAAGCUCAAGGACGAGGGCUGCCGGGCGUUCUACCUGGAAGGUGGUUUCAGUAAGUUCCAAGCCGAGUUCGCCCUGCACUGCGAGACCAAUCUAGACGGCUCGUGUAGCAGCAGCUCGCCGCCUCUGCCAGUGCUGGGGCUUGGUGGUCUGCGGAUCAGCUCCGACUCCUCCUCGGACAUUGAGUCUGACCUUGACCGAGACCCCAACAGUGCCACGGACUCGGACGGCAGCCCGCUCUCCAACAGCCAGCCUUCCUUCCCCGUGGAGAUCCUGCCCUUCCUGUACCUGGGCUGCGCCAAGGACUCCACCAACCUGGACGUGUUGGAGGAGUUCGGCAUCAAGUACAUCCUGAAUGUCACCCCCAAUUUGCCGAAUCUCUUUGAAAACGCAGGGGAGUUUAAAUACAAGCAGAUCCCCAUUUCGGAUCACUGGAGCCAAAACCUGUCCCAGUUUUUUCCAGAGGCCAUUUCUUUCAUAGAUGAAGCCCGGGGCAAAAACUGUGGUGUCUUGGUGCACUGCUUGGCUGGCAUCAGCCGCUCCGUCACUGUGACGGUGGCUUACCUGAUGCAGAAGCUCAAUCUGUCAAUGAACGAUGCUUAUGACAUUGUCAAGAUGAAGAAAUCCAACAUCUCCCCCAACUUCAACUUCAUGGGCCAGCUGCUGGACUUCGAGAGGACGCUGGGACUGAGCAGCCCCUGUGACAACCGGGUUCCAGCCCAGCAGCUGUAUUUCACCACCCCUUCCAACCAGAAUGUCUACCAGGUGGACUCUCUGCAAUCCACGUGAAGGGGCCCCACGUCCCUCCUCGCUGGGAUGUGGCCAUUCCUUCCGCAGUUUCUCUUGGGCAGCGCCAGCUAGGCUGCUUUGUUUGUGUGUGGCCCCCCAGGUGUCAGAAUGGCACCAACUGUCUGUAUUAGACAAGGUUACCAAGUAUGGAAAUUAGUUAAUACAAAGGGAGAGAUUUGCUUCAUUUCCUUUGGAAGGACAGGACACACUGUAUAGAUACAGACAGUACCUUUGCUCUGUGCCCAGGUGUACAGCCUACCCAUGCAGGGACUGGAAUUUGAGGACUUCCAGAUAUAUAGGGUAGGACCAAAUGGUAGGGUAAAAGAGCAUGUGUUCUUUAGGGCCUGCCUCGUGUGGCUGUUCCCUUUGCAUCUGGAACUGAUUAUAUUUUGUCUUCAAUGAAGACUGGUUCAAUUUUGCAUAUAGAGGAGCCAAAGAGAGGUUUCAGCUCUGUAUUUGUGGAAUUAGUUUGCAAAAAAGAAGAAAAAAAUCAGAUACUACAUUUGAUUAUUUGUAAAUAUUUGAUCUUCAAUCACUUGACAGUGUUUGUUUGUGUUUUGGGGGUUUUUGUUUUCUUUGAUGGGUUUAAAGAAAUCAUCCAAAGGGAGAAAGAGCAGUAUGCCACUUCUUAAACAAUUUUUCUCUCUUCUAAUCCAAAGGGUAUAUUUGCAGCAUGCUCACCUUUACUGUGCCCACUCUGAAUGGCGUUUUCAUGAACAAUAUUAUCACUAAGACCUUGUUAUGGUGCAGUCUUUUAGUCUCUUUCAUGUAUCUUCCUUAAGACUUUUCUCCACCCCUUUAAUGUAGUUUUGACUAUGCCUUACCUUUGUAUAUAUUUUGGCUGCGUUGUCUCGAAGGGGAUAUCUUGGAAAGUCACCAAAACCAUGGGUUUUGUUUUUUUUUUUAAACAAACUUCAGCUGUGCUAAACAGCAUAUUACCUCUGUACAAAAUUCUUCAGGGAGUGUCACCUCAAAUGCAAUAUUUUGAGUUGGUUUCUUUCCUUUUUUAGAAAAGAAUUUGUAUAAAACUGGAAGUGUGUGUGAGAGCAUGGGUACCCAGUUGACAAGUGAAAUGCAUACGAUUGUGAAGAAGGGAGAAUUGAAUCGCUCCACUAUGUUCGUGGUGUAGUUUUGAGCUGGAAUUUAUUAUAAGAAUGUAAAACCUUAAAUUAUUAAUAAAUAACUAUUUUGGCUAUUGAA